AUGGACCUCCGGCCGCCUGGGGACCAAGACCAAGUUCUGGCCAGGCUUCGUGGCCCGCUGGCCGCUGACGACCCUCGAGUCUUGGACAUAUUACGUCGCCAUUACCUGACUCCGCCAUCCACCAGGCCCUACAACCUGUCCACCGAUCCCCUCUACAUCAAACUGAAGCAUUACGGUAGUUGGAAAAGCAUUUACAAGCAAAUCAAACAGCUUUUCGGCGCCCAGCGCGGAGGAUUUUUCAUCGAAGCCGGAGCCCUGGAUGGGGAGAGGCUUUCGAACACCCUCUGGCUUGAACGGUACCUGGGAUGGACUGGCUUGCUGGUGGAGCCAAGCCCCGUCAACUACCGCAUCUUGCAAACCAAGCAACGGAAGGCUUGGACCUCCCACACCUGCCUAUCCGUCGAACCCUUCCCGAAAAGGGAGAUUAUGGUCACUCUUGGCCGGAAAGCCAGAACGGAAAGUAGUGUAGAGUCGAUGAUGUACGCACCGCACGGGUCGUCCUUCCUGCGGGGAGUCACUCUUGACUCUCACAUAUACGACAACUUGCUGCAACUGUCCGAAAAGUCGUAUUCAGUCGUGCAGUGCUUCCCUCUACUGUCGUACCUCUUGGCCUUGAACGUGUCGGAGGUGGACCUCCUGUCCCUGGACGUCCAGGGAGCGGAGAAGGCCGUCCUCAGACACGUCCCCUGGCAGACGCUGAGGAUUCGCGUCCUGGUGGUCGAAGUGGUCCACCGGGAGAGUUUCGACCACGACUUCGCCGACUACAUGAAGAGCGUCAACUACACCCUGGUACACUUCGAGGGGGAAGACUACACCUUCGUCAGAAACGACGACCCGGCGCUCAGGAACGUCGACGUCGUGGGCAUUUACGUCUGA